AAACUUAUAGGAAGGCCCACUAAGUUUUUGAUUGGGUCGGUUCGGGCCGAAAGGAUCCUAGGGAUGUGAUCCAUGAGUUACCACGCAUGCGAUUACUACUCUCCCUGAACUCUUUUACAGUAGCCGAAGAAGCCGACCUGCAUCGCGGAGGUGUUUUUACCUUCUCCGUUGCCGUCUCUCCCCGCCAUUUUCGCCGGAAUUAAUUAAUUAUUAUCAUAAUUUUAGGGUUUUCUUUCAACUAAUUUUUCAAUGGCCUCUCGGAAUCAUCUUGUUGAUGAUGAUGAUUUUGGCGGCGAUUUUCCCGGUAGCCACAAUGGCAAACGUUCAGGUAAUAAGAGAAGCUUUGGAGAUCUUGAGGAUGAUGAAGAUGAUAUUUUUAGCUCAAAGAAGGGUAAUACAAAAGUAGAAGAAACUGCCAUGAUUUUGUCUCUACGAGAGAGUCUAGAGAACUGUAAAAAUGCGCUAACAACAUGCCAAACAGAGCUUGAAGCUGCAAAAUCUGAAUUUCAAAAGUGGCGUUCUGCAUUUGAAAAGGAGUCAUUCAUACCGGCUGGUGCAAAUCCUGAACCUAAACUAGUCAUCAAUUAUCUUCAGGCCCUGAAAUCCUCUGAGGAAUCUUUGCGUGAACAGCUAGAUAAAGCAAAGAAAAAAGAAGCUGCCUUCAUCGUAACUUUUGCAAAACGAGAGCACGAGAUAGCAGAAUUAAAGUCUGCAGUCAGGGACUUGAAAGCGCAGCUCAAGCCACCAUCAAUGCAGGCAAGGAGGUUGCUGUUGGAUCCAGCAAUUCACGAGGAAUUUACACGUUUAAAAAAUUUGGUCGAGGAAAAGGACAAAAAAGUUAAGGAACUGCAGGAUAAUAUUGCUGCUAUCAAUUUCACUCCGACAAGCAAGAUGGGGAAGAUGCUGAUGGCAAAGUGUAGGACCCUGCAAGAGGAAAAUGAGGAGAUUGGAAAUCAAGCUGCCGAAGGAAAGAUUCAUGAAUUAGCAAUGAAACUCGCCUUGCAGAAAUCGCAAAAUGCAGAACUCAGGAAUCAAUUUGAAGGACUUUACAAACACAUGGAGGGUCUGACAAAUGAUGUCGAGAAGUCCAAUGAAAUGGUACUUCUCUUGCAAAAGAAGGUGGAAGAGAAGGAUAAUGAGCUUAACGAGUUGAAGCUUGAGCUCCAGGAGAAAAGCCUUGUGGAUAGACAAGCUGAUGUAGUUCCUAAUAAUUUAGUUAGCAGUGAUAUAAUAACACCUAAACAAGAAACUGAGAUCGACUAGAUUUUGAUAAUUUUUGUAGGAUAUUCAUUCCCCCAAUUAAUGUUUAUUGUACGUUAUGUAUUAAA